AUGGCUGAUGUUCUCUCACGUGCGGGUAUGACCGACUGUAAACCCUUGGCUACUCCGGCUGCAGUCACUCAACCGGCUACACCAACACUUGACCCGUUCGACAAUCCGACUCAAUACCGCCGUAUAGUAGGGGCUCUGCAGUACCUGACCAUUACUCGGCCAGAUCUUUCCUUUUCAGUUAACAGGCUUUGUCAAUUCAUGCAUUCCCCCACACAGGAUCAUUGGGUUCUUCUCAAACGUGUCCUCCGGUAUGUAAAAGGCACUCUCGACUACGGGCUACGUCUAUCUCCAUCAUCCUCUUCCGCUAUACAUGCGUUUUCAAACUCAGAUUGGGCCAGCUGUACUAUAGACCGAAAAUCCACCAAUGGUUAUGCGGUCUUCCUUGGGACUAACUUCAUCUCCUGGCUAUCUCGGAAGCAGCGCACGGUUGCACGCUCCUCAACAGAGGCCGAGUACAAAAGUCUUGCCGACGUAGCUGCUGAAGUUACCUGGGUCGUAUCCUUACUCCGGGAGUUGGGUCUACAUACUGGAGAUCCCGCUACAUUAUGGUGUGAUAAUCUAGGGGAAACAUACUUAGCCGCUAAUUCUGUGUUCCACGCCAGAACGAAGCAUGUCGAGAUUGAUUUUCACUUUGUCCGCGAUAAAGUUUCUUCGGGGGAGUUCGUCGUCAACUUCAUUUCAACCAAGGACCAGCUUGCUGACAUCUUCACCAAACCCCUUCCAGCUCCGCGUUUUCAUACUCUGAGGGACAAGCUCAAUGUGGUUAGCAUCCACCCUUGUGCUUGA